AUGGGAGAUAAUCAACGAGAACAACAAUUACUUAAAACAAAAAUUAUUUUUCUUUAUUUUAACAAUGUAUUAAAUAAUAACAAUUUUGUUGUUCAAAAUUAUUCGGUUAAUUCAAGAAAUGAUCAAAUAUUUACGUCGUCUUCUAUUUCUUUUCUGUAUAAAUAUGAAGGUGUUGACAUUUCUCUUGAUUUAAAACGUCGUGAUAAAUUUUUAUUCGUUUAUGUUAAAAAUUAUUCUAUUGGUUUAAAUAGUGAAGUAACUGUUCUAUUGGAAAAUACAAAUGAACUCGAUUCAAAAAUUAAUACAUUGAUGAAUGAAAUUAAAAAACAAGAAGAAACAAAUAAUACAUCAAAUAUGCAUUUAACUGAUGCUGAUAAAGAAAAAGAAGCUUCAAGCAUAUACAGGCACUGGAAAAACAUUAUUAGCUUUUUCUAUUUUCCUAUUGUUGAAUUACUUCAAAAUGAUACAUCAAUUAAAUUAAUUCGUGGACGAGCACCACGAAUACUUGUUUUAGCACCAACAAGAGAAUUAACUAAACAAAUUUUGGAUGAUUUUCAAUCAAUUGUUAGUGAUUUAUCAAUUGUAACAAUUUAUGGUGGAAAAAAAUAUGAUGAUCAAGAGAAUAGUAUUCGAAAUGAUUGUGAUAUUCUUGUUGCAACACGAGGAAGAUUAAAAGAUAUUGUUGAUAAAGGAAAACUUGAUUUAACUAAAAUAAAACAUGUUAUUCUUGAUGAAGUUGAUCGAAUGCUUGAUAUGGGUUUUAUUGAUGAUGUUGAAGAAAUUCUUGAACAUAUAUUUACACCAAAUCGAGAGACUAAACCACAAUUUAUUGUUUUUUUUUCUGCAACAAUGCCUGAUUGGGUACAUAAAGCAACAAAAAAAUAUAUGCCAAAAGAUUUUAUUCUGGUAGAUUUAGUUAAAGGCAAUACACAAAAAACAUCGGCAAAUGUUGAACAUUUAGCUGUAUCAUGUACUUAUCAAGAUCGUGCUGGUAUUAUUGAUUUUCUUGUUCAAAUAUAUUCAAGUAGUAGUUUUGAUGGACGUGCAAUUGUUUUUUGUGAAACAAAAAAAGAAGCUGAUGAACUUUCAGUUAGUCAUGAUAUUAAAGCAAAGGCACACGUACUUCAUGUAUCGCAAAGAUUUCUUUUGGAACUUUUCUUUCAACAAGUAAUCAAUGAAUUAUCUUUACGUGAUUCGGUCGAUGGCACUUCGUAUAUGAUGAAAUAUUUUCCAACUUGUUUCAAUUCAGCGGGAAAAAAAACCGCUAAUCCAUCGAAAUCUUCUAUUGAAAAUCUUCUUCGAAGAGAUAGAUCUGUUUGGCUGCAUGUGAAAUCAACAAUGGGUGUUCAAUGUGAAUUUCCACAAAAGCUGAACAAUGCUUUACUUUAUGGUGAAUUAUCAGAAAAAAUUCAUCUUCCUCGACUCUAUCGUCUUUAUCUGCCAUCGGACAUGGAAGUUGAUAUUCGAGAAUUUUUUAUUGAAUUAUCAAGAAUAUUCAAUUGUCAAGCUGAAGAAAUUGAUGUUCAUUCAGCAGCUGCCUUCACCUAUAAACAAAGUAACACAGAUAAAUAG